AUGCCGGACCGGCCAAGGUCAAGCCCGACUUGGUACGUAACUCCGAUCCCGAUCCCGAUCCAAUUCCAAAUUCCAAAUUCCAGUUCCUCUCCUCAAAAAGUCCUCACCCCCCCUUGUCCUACGCAGACUUUUGGAAUGAAGAACAAGAAAGGGGGUAAAGGUCAACAAAAAGUCGCCUUGUUGCAACAACAGGCCGCGCAAAAGGGGAGGACCGAAGAGGCGAAAGAAAAGGAUCGACAAAAGGCCGCCCUCGCAGCGAAAAAGGCCGCCGAUGCCCAAAAGAAGGACGAACUGGCGAAUCUGUUCAUACCGAUCGAUAUCGUACAACCCAAAGUACCGUUUGGAGUCGGUCAGUCUAGCCCAUGGCGCCUAGCGUCAGGCAUAGUCGAGAACGCCGCGAACCCGCUUUCGAAACUGAUCGGCUGAUUGCUGGUUCCGACUACCUCGUUCGCUAGACCCGAAAACUGUUUUAUGCGCCUUCCACAAAGCGGGUCGAUGUCAGAAAGGUAAGGUCCCCUUCUGAUCGUGCUUGAUCGAAGUUUCCCGUUCCUCGCUGACGGCGCUCCGUGCGCGCACCGCCCCCCCCCACUCGGCAGGUACCAAGUGCAAGUUCUCCCACGACCUCAACCAAGACCGAAAACAACAGAAAGCCUCCAUCUACGCCGAUCAACGCGAUGAGAACAAGGAGACCGGUCAGUAAUCGUACUCGGAGGCAUAUCGCCUCGGUCCCCCGAGUCCCCAUUACUCACCCGAGCUCGUUCACGCGCACCCUCUCUGCGCAGACACGAUGGACAAGUGGAACGACGAGAAACUGCAGCAGGUUGUGAGUAAGAAGGGGAACCCACUCGCGACGACCGAUAUCGUUUGCAAGGUCAGUCUCAGAGAGAGAGAGAGCAUUCGAGUUCAACGAAACCUUCCCACUGUUUUCUGACGGUUCCCACCUGCUUCUUCCCGUCCGCCCUCGUCAGCACUUUAUCGACGCCGUCGAAACGGGCCGCUAUGGUUGGUUUUGGGAAUGUCCCGACGGGGGUGACGCGUGCAAGUACCGUCAUGCCUUACCACCCGGUUUCGUACUCAAAUCUCAACGCAAGAAGGAAGAAGAAGACUCCAAGAGGAAAGAGAUCACGUUGGAAGAUUUCAUCGAGGUCGAACGGCACAAAUUGGACCAAUCCAAAUUGACGCCGAUUACGAAAGAAUCGUUUGCGGAAUGGAAGAAGAAUAGGGUUAGUAAGAAGGAGGCAGAAGCGGAAUUGGUCAGGGCCGCCAAAUCGACCACGUUCGCACAGGGCAAGGCGACGGGAAUGAGUGGCAGGGAUUUGUUCUCGUUCAAUCCGGAUUUGGGCAUGGAUUCGGAGGACGAGGAGGAGGAUGGGGAGGAGGAGGAUUGGGAUAUUACGUUGUUGAGGAUCAGAAGGGAGAGGGAGGAUCGGUUGGAGGAGAUGGAACGGAUUCGAAGGAUGGGUGGCGAUUUUGAGCAGAUGGACAUCAAGGAGGAAAAUGAGGACGGCGAUGCGGCGAAGGAGGAUGAAAAGGCAGAAACAUGA